UGUGAUUUCUUUCUUUAUUCUUCGCUUAUUUUCGAAAUGUCAUUGACCCUCGACUUCUUGCUUCCUCCUCCUCCUGCUUCUUACAAGGCUGACCAACCCUCUGUUACCCAUGCCUCUUUGAGUGCCACCGCUGACCGUCUUCUUGAACCAGUUGGUCGUCAUUUCCUUGCUCAUGCUCGCAGAAAGACUCACAACCGUACUUUCUCUGAAGAUGAACGUCAUCAAGCUGAAGAAAAAGCCAACCAAGUUGUUGAAGAAGAAACUGUUGAUUUUGAAUACGAAGAUGUUGAUAUCGACAGCGUCAAUACCGACCCUACUCAAUGGAAGACACAAGAUAACUAUGCUGUUCUCGGUUUAACCAAGCUCCGUUACAAGGCCAACGAAGAACAAAUCAAGAAAGCUCACCGUCGUAUGGUUCUCUUGCACCAUCCUGAUAAGAAGGCUGAUAAGAAUGAUGAUGCCUUCUUCAAGUGUAUUGCCAAGGCCUAUGAUACCUUGAUGAACCCUGUUACCCGUCGUCAAUAUGAUUCCGUCGACUUUGGUAUGGCUGAUAUCGAAGCUGAUGUGCCCAAUGCCAAGAGCAAGGGAGACUUUUAUGAACUCUGGCGCCCUGUGUUUGAACGUGAAGCCCGUUUCUCCAACAAGCAACCUGUUCCUACCCUUGGUGACGAAAAGUCUACCAAGGAAGAAGUCGAAGGCUUUUACGAUUUCUGGUACAACUUUGAUUCUUGGAGAACCUUUGAAUGGCUUGAUAAGGAAGGUGCUGAAGGAUCUGAUAACCGUGAUGAUAAGCGUUAUCAAGAAAAGAAGAACCGUGCUCAACGUGCUCAACUCAAGAAGGAAGAUAAUGCUCGUCUUCGUAAGCUCGUAGAUACUUGUUUAGGUAUGGAUCCUCGUAUUGCCAUAUUCAAGGCUGAAGAAAAGAAGAGAAGAAACGCCAAGAAGGACGCUAAGGCUGCUGCUGAAAAGGCCGCUGCUGAAGAAGCUGCCAGAAAGGCUGAAGAAGAAAGAAUUGCAAAGGAGAAGGCUGAAGCUGACGCUAAGGCUGCUGCUGAAGCUGCCAAGAAGGAUAAGGAAAUGGUUAAGCGUGCCAUCAAGAAGGAAAAGAAGACUAUCAAGGCCCUCAUGAAGGAAAACAACUAUGCUAUGCCUGCUGAUGCUCCUGCUACACCUGAUCAAAUCGACUCUCAAUUGUUCAAGCUCGAUGACAUUCUUGCCAAGAACAAGAGCGUUGAAGCCCUCGAAGCUCUCCGUAAAUCAUUUGAAAAGGCUGUUCAAGACAAGAACUUCCCUGAAGUCUUCAGUGCUGCACUUUAAAUUUUAAAAAUAUAAUAAAUCAAGUUAUUGUUUUGUAUCAAAGAAACAUGCCAUAUUAAGCAUUAUUAGUGUAAGGGUAAACAUUUAUGCAUAUAUGUACAUCGUUGCUAUUAUUACAGCCUGCUUCUCUCAAGGUCUGAAUCAUCAUCAUCAUCCAGAAAGCUUUCUUGUAAAUUUCUGUCUCGAUCUUCGAUAUUGAAAUCACUCGAAGGGUCCUCUGCGCUAUCUAAAAUGUCAUCGAAAUCAAUUCGCGUAGAUCUUGCACGGAUAGAAUAUUGGUUUCUAUAACAACUUAGUAUUC